AUGAAUGUCAGUUUUCCGAGUAAGAUUCUUUGUCCAUACUACAAAUGUCAGAAUCUAAGACAUCAACUUUCGGAUGAAGUUGUAGAACACUUAGUUUUGUACGGCAUGGACAAAUCAUACAAAACAUGGUUUCAUCACGGGGAAGAUCUAGUUCAAAGUAGCACGACUAAGACAAGUUCUACAUAUAAUUUAUUUUGGGAUGCUGGAGUAUGUUCAAGUAAUGUCAAUGAUUUGAAUGAUGAUAACAACGAUGAUUAUUUUGAUAGUCUAUUAGAAGAUGUUGAAUCUCCAUUGUAUGAAGGUUGUUUGAAAUACACCAAAACUUCAUCCAUCGUCGAGCUAUACAAUCUAAAAACAAAGCAUGGAUUCUCAGAUGUUGGCUAUUGUGAGAUGUUGGAGAUGAUCAAAGCAAUGUUGCCAAAAGAUAAUCUCCUACUAACAUCUAUGUAUGCAAUUAAUAAGUAUCUAAAGAUGUUUGAUCUGAACUAUAAGCAUAUACAUUCUUGUGUGAAUGAUUGUUGCUUGUUCACAAAAGAAAAUGCUAAUUCCAAAGUGUGUCCCACCUGUCAAUAUCAAAGAUGGAAGCAAAAUGAACACACAAAGCAGAUUCUACAAGGGCAACCUGCAAAAUUGUUAAGAUAUUUUCCUAUUACACCAAGGUUUCAGAGGAUGUUCAAAAAUGAAGAGACAAUUUCAUGCUUAAAGUGGCAUUCAACUAAUAAAAGAAUGGAUGGGAAAAUGAGCCACCCGGUAGAUUCAGAGGCUUGGGAUGCAGUUAAUGAGAGAUGGCCAAAUUUUUCACUUGAACCGUACAACCUUCAACUAGGACUUGCUGCUGAUGGGAUCAACCCUUACAAAAAUAUGAGUUCUACAUAUAGUUGUUUCCCAAUAAUGCUCGUUGUAUACAAUUUUCCACCUUCAAUGUGCAUGAAGAAUGAAUUCGCAUUUCUUUCUAUGUUGAUUCCUAGACCAAAACAACCUGGGAAUGACAUAGAUGUUUAUUUGGAGCCCUUAAUAGAUGAGUUACUAGAAUUAUGGAAAUGUGUGUAUGCAUAUGAUGCUUCUACAAAGAAGUUUUUUAAUUUAAAGGCCAUGCUAUUAUGGACCACAAAUGAUUUUCCAGCUUAUGGACACUUAGUUGGAUGUGCAACUAAAGGGAAGUAUGGUUGUCCCAUAUGUGGAGAGAACUCAAAUGUUGUUUGGUUGAAGCAUAGUAAGAAGAUGUCUUUUUGCAAUCAUAUUCGAUUUCUUCCACAACAUCACCUAUAUUGA